CGCGAACAAAACUCGAGUUUUUUUGAAAUUUACAUCAGGCUACAGGACAGUGAGUACAUUAAAGACGGUCUUCCUAAAGAUUAUCGUUGCAUCCAGCCACAGAACCUACAUUCCGUGAAUCUUUACACCUCCUGCUUCCUCACGAACUUGGUGGCAAAGAACUCUCCUGCCUUUCGAUCCCGUCGUAUCGCCAGCAAAACUCUUCUAAGAUUUCAUCAUGACACUGGAAAGGUCUCGAAAGCUUCCAGUGAGGCAAUUUCCUAGACAAUCAACCCAACAGUGUCCCCAGACUGGUUUGAAGAAAACAAGAUCUGGCCGGUCGCUAUCGCCUCUCGACAAUCAAUGUAAAGAGUCUGAACUCUACGAGGCUACAGCCCUCCCAAGAAGCGAGGGUUCUCCAAGCAAUGACGAUGAUGCAAUCAUCAGCACCAACGAACAUCUAGAGUCUCAAGAGAAUAUCAUUUCGUGCUGCCAAUUAUCUCUGAAGCAAAAAAUCAAUCUACAGCAACUUUUGAGAGAGAGAUUCGGUCGUUGGGCUGAUGGGGUAGAAUACACUGCGCCGCCAAAGGACAGAUUGCCGCCGCGAAAGCGUUUCAGAACAUCACAAUGGCAGUCGGGUCUUCCAAGAGCCGACGAAGGGAGUCACAGUGAGGAGGAGUUCGUUAUAAUCUCUCACCCAACGUGCAGACAAGGCUUCUUUCAUCUUGCUUGCCCAUUUUACAUCCAUGCACCCGACAAACAUCAGAAAUGUCUUGUCGAACAAGAUCUAUCCUCCAUUGAAGCUUUGAUCAAGCAUCUUUUACGGCAACACGACAAGCCUCUGUAUUGUCGUACAUGCUGGAAGACUUUUGAAACGUUGAUUGAUCGAGACAACCACGUCUUGGAGAACGCAUGCAAAAGAAUCGAUCAAGAGGCAUCGAUAGGGCUGACUGAAAGUCAAAAGGUGAGACUGAUCAAGAGAGAUCGGUAUGAGUUGGGAGAAGCACGUCGUUGGCGUCGUCUUUGGUCUACGGUCUUCCCAGGUAGAGAGCAGCCUCGAUCUCCAUACCUUGAUCGGGAUGAGGGGCUGAAAGUUUCCAUGGUGAGGGAUUUCUGGAUGGUCGAUGGUCAGAAAGUCGUCUCUGGCUACCUUGGAGGACUGGGAAGUCAUGCUGAUGGGAACAACGUAAGAAAUGAUACUAUCUGCCAGGACGCGUUGCGUGGUCUGGUAGACUGGGCACUGACAGGGGAUAGCCAUUCUGCAAUUCUGUCUUCGGAUAGCUAAUCUCGCAAUCCAGAGGGAAGAGUUAUGGACGCUUGGAUGAUAGUCACUGAACCUGGCGUUCUUUGUGAUGGGCUUCAUGUGGUUGUUAAAGCCCUUGUUGGUCUCAGUUCUCCAUCCAUUUGAACUGCCAUGAGAUUUCAAGCUGUUUAUAGCGCACCUCGAAUCUUUAUGUAGGAGUUGAACUUGAAAUUUGCGGCCUUUGUAGGGUCCUCCUUUGUACUGAUAGCUUGCUGUGAGAACUUCACAGCUGUCCUUAACCAUCAAAUAAAAAGCAUACUGCGUUGGAACUAA